UAAAAUAAAUAUUUUUAAAUGUUUAAUGUUCAAAGUUCUAUUCAGAAAAACUUUUUUUGCCAAAACAUCUGUCCGUCCCUUCGUCUCUUUUUGCUAUUUUUCCGUCCAAUUAUUAGAAAAAAAAGCAAAAAAAAAGAAAAGCACACAAUUUCUUUUUUUUCUUUUUCACGUUUGCGCCAAAAACUGGCCCACCUUGGCAAUAUAUCAAAUUCGAUUUUCCCCCCUUCUACCGAUGAGAAUCGGCUGGCAGCAAAAAAUAGAAAGUAUUCAAGUCUUUGCCUGGCAGGAACUACGUUUUAAGAAUGGCUGCCCGACUUGUAAAGAAAAAAAGUGUGGGAAGAGGCCAAAGACCAAUAAUGAACACAUCUCUCUCUCUCAUCUCUUUUUAAAGAUAUCAGAGAAUAAGUAGUAGGCGGACAAACUGUUUUUAGAAUCUUCUACAUUUUUCUAUUUUUUAUUUUUCUUUCACGUAUUUAUUUCCCUUUGUUCUCCACGAUAUAUGGCCUAUUGAUUUAUUAAAAUGGCCGAGAAUCUAAGCGAUGAAAAAUAAAAAUCGAGGAGAGAAGAAAAGAGAAAAAUAAAAAGAUGAAUGAAUAAACUGGAGAAAAAAAAAACUGGAGAAACUGGAGAAUAAACUGGAGAAAAAAUGCAAAGAAAAAUGCGCAAAAAAUUAUUAAUAAAUUUCAGCGGAUUUCGAAAAAAUUUUUGGAACUUUUUAAGUUGGGUCCAAAUUUUUAAAAAUUAUUUUGAAUUCUUUUUCACAUAAUUUUGUAUUUAUUUUAUAUUUUAUUUUCUUUACAUAUUUCCUUAAUAUAUCCGCAUUUAUUAUCCGCAUUCAAAAAAUUUAUCCGCAAAUAUAUUCCCUUUGUUGUAAAGAGAAGAAAACACAAAAAACAACCAUUCAUUCAUAAAAGCAGCUGCAGCUAUUCACAUAAAUAAAUACACACACGUCCAAGCAAUAGACCUCUUUUUUGUAUUUUUCUCUAAUAAUUUUAAUGUCUCUCAUAUUUUUAUAUUAUCUCUCAUUCCUGACAGUCAGAGAGAAAUUGACAGAGAAAAAGGCCUAGCACCAGCCUUUAUUCUUCUUUCCACCCAUAUUAUUCUUCUCCCCAUUUUCCAGCCGAUAGCUGCUAUC